AUGUCCCGAAGGCAAAGCCCACCGUCGGAUGGCGACAUGGAUUCUGAAAGAGAGUUGAGAAUGAUGGAGCAGGUCAUUCACGCAAGUGGAAGCGCAGGCCGACUGGUGGAUGGCGAUCAUCACAUGGACCCUGUUCGCGCAGCCCAGUUCCUACGCGGUUCAGUAACAACAAAGUACGUGGCAUCGUCAUCGGCCAUCCAGUCUCUCCAGAGUGUGCCGAUUUCCGAUCUGCCCGAAAGCGAAAGAACUUGCGUCAUCUGCUACAAUGAAUUCGGUGUGGAGACACCGGAGGGGGUGAAAGAGGCACCACUGCGGCUGCCCAAGUGCAAGCAUGUCUUUGGCGACCAUUGCAUCAAGAAAUGGCUCGAGGACUCGGACAGCUGUCCCUAUUGCAGAGACAAGGUGCCGAAUGAGCCCAGGAUCACGUCGACGAACCCCAACGUUAACAACAUGCUCCGUGCCCGUGGCCAAGUGAGCCUCGGAGGAUACGCUGGUUUCAUGAGAGAAAGGGAUGCCAAUCUGUCACAGGACGACUCAAGCCGGUCGUCGGCAGCUGGCUCCAGCCAUGGCGAACGUCGCUCGCCUCCAACAGACAGUGGCGAAAGUAGGCGUAGGAUUCGGCCCCGGCAUGGCACACUCCGCGGACCCGGCUCCCCGCCCUUCUCCAGCGGCUCGCGGCCCGGAUCUUUCGGUGCUUCAUCCUCGACCAACCACGAAAACAACCGGAGACCACAUGCUGCCGCGGCCGCGAAUCGGGCGUACUUGUCAAACACAAAUGCGCCAACCCGGACGGGCCACGGCUCCGCUGCGCAAGUCUCCUUUCCCGGAGGAAACACGUCUCAGUACCAGGUCCCCAGCUUCGGCUCCAUGGAGACGUCUUCUUCCGCGACGCCGACAAUGCCAUCCUACCUGCAACAGGGAAUGCACCAUGGCAACUCCCACGGAGGGCACGGUACCAGUUUCCCGAACCCGCUGAACCGAAGCUCAUUACCGGCGCCUCUCCCUGGCGCCUGGGCUUCUGGCCUUCCUUCCACGUCUGAUGACUUGCAUCGGCGUAUGAUGCCAGGCGAAGGCAACGCUCAGCUUCAGGCCAGCACUCAAUGGGGACAGCAGUAG